AUGUGGAAGGCCGUGACACAAUCGCGAGUAGGACGCACAGCCUCCGCCCUAUGGCGGUACAAGGGCCCGAUCGUGAUCGGUUGUACGGUGACGAUGCUGGCGACACAGUCUGUGAUCAGUGCGCGACAGCAGCGGGCGCAGGAGUAUAUUGAGCCAGGUACCUAUCUCACGUGGCGCCUAUACGAUGGUGCCGUCGUUGAGACAAAGCAGCCCGAGUCUCUUCAGAGCCUUUUAGCACAGGCGUCAUCGAAAGAGUCGCCGCCCGUGCUGGAGCUGCGCGAGGCGAUCCGUGCGAUCCACGCUGCUAAGCAGGACCCACGAAUCCGCGGCAUUGUGGCCAACCUGAGCGGCAUCAAUUUGCCCUCGAUGAUCCCGCGUAAGCCGCUGACUCUCGCGCAGGUCGAAGAGCUUAUCCAUGCGCUGAAAGAGUUCCAAGUGGCAAAGAAGGCGCAGUUCAAGGACGAUGCGCCGUCGACGGUGGCGUGGACCGACACGUUCGACCGACAGACGUCGUAUCUGCUCGCGAGCACGUUUGAGCGCGUGUACAUGCAGCCGACCGGCACGGUCCCACUCGUCGGUAUGGAGGCGCACGUACCGUUUGUGCGUCGGCUGCUCUCGUGGCUGGGCGUGCGAGUGCACAGCGAGACGCGGAAGGAGCUGAAGUCGAUGACUAGCACGUUUGUGCACGACGAGCUGCCGGCCGCGCAGCUUGCCAACUACGCCGAGAUGCUGGGCGAUAUGCAGCGCCACUUUGCGCGGUACUUGGGCCAGAACCGCUUCAAGCGCGAUGGACUCGAGGCUGCUACGGACCGGGCGGCGGCGCUGAUGCACGAGGGCCCCUACUCGGCGCGCGAGGCACUAGACGUAGGCCUCAUUGAUGGCACUUUGCACUACCACGAGCACAAGAGCCGCCUGGAGCCAGGGCCACGCAAGUCGCUGGUGCAGUACGCCAAGAUCACUAGCAAGGCAACGGCGUCUCGGCCCGACCCCCUCUCUCCUAAGGUCGCACUGGUGUACCUGAACGGCGCGAUUGACCGCACGAAGCGCCCGUCGUCUGCGAGCGACGCCAUGCGCGGCCUCCACGAGGCAGCGGAGCAGAGCGAUGUCGACGCCAUUGUGCUGCGCAUAAAUUCGGGGGGCGGCGAUGUGGUGACAAGCGAGACGCUGUGGGGCGUGCUACAGGACAUCCGCGCGAGGACCAAGCGGCCCGUCGUCGUGUCGUUUGGCUCGGUCGGUGCGAGCGGCGCGUACUAUACGGCGGUGGCCGCCGACGCGAUCUUUGCGAACCAGAGCACUCUUACGGGCAGUAUUGGCGUAGCGCUCAUGCGUCCCACGGUGACGCAGGGCCUGCUCGACAAGCUUCAUGUGAAUGUGCAGAGCCUGUUCACCGGCUCCACGGCGCUGAGCUCCCUGCACGAGCUGGACGCACAGCAGGUAAAGCGCGUCCAAAAGAACGUGGACCAGACGUACGAAGACUUCCUGCACAAGGUGCAGCAGGGCCGCGGCCUCUCCCGCGACGUACUUGACAAGCUCGCGGGCGGCCGUGUCAUGACGGGCAUGCGCGCGUGGAUGGAGUGCCUUCCGGAGACGAGCCGCCACAGGCUGCCGCGGGACCAUGCGCGCUCCUACGAGACGGCCACGCAGGCUGACGCGAGCGGCGUGCCGGUCGUCACAGUGACGCCGCGCGCCCCCGCUGACGCCCCCGAGACACGCGAGGAUACCCGCCAAGGCCACGGCCGAGGCCUCAUUGACCAGCUGGGCGGCCUCUGGGAUGCGGCGCGGUACGCGGCAGCGCUGGCCGACGCGCGGAAAGAGCCCGAGCAGGGAACAGGUACACGCACGAUUCACGAGCCGACGCUCGUGCGGUUCCCCGCCGAGGCGCCCCUAUGGAAGCGGCUGCAAACGCUGCUUACGAGCGCGGGAGCGCCCAGUGGCCCGGGCGGCCCGGGCGCCGAGGCGCCGUGGAUGCUCUGGAUGCAGUGGGCGCAGGCCGCGUACGACGAGUGGCUUGCGACGUCCAUGCGCGUGCGCGCCGAGGCGGAUGCGUACGUCUCUAUGUAG